GCGGAGCCUGCGGCUGCGGCAAGUGACAGCGAAGUCACUGAGGCUCCAAGUGGCGAGGAGGAGGAAGCCAAGGCCAAAGCUGGCACCGCUCCCACCGCUGCGACCGACAGCGCCGCCUCGGCUUCCAAAAGCUUGGCGUCCACAGUGGCCGCUGCCCCACAGAGUUCGGGAGCUCCCGCAGCGGCGGGGACGCCUGCACCUGCAUCCACGCCCGCACCAACUGCAAACACCACAGCCACCCCAACCACUCCGGCCACAGCUUCCACACCGGCUGUCGCAGGCACCCCGACAGCCCCAACGACUUCGGACCCGCCCCCGACUUCUCAAGUUGCGCCUGCGCCCUCCCAAACGGCGACUUCCCCCGGCUUGA